CUUUUAUUUUGAAAUCACCGGAAGUACAUGGUACGCCCGGGUGUGUGUUCAGGUGCUAGCUUAGCGGCUGACAGUUACGUGGAUACGUUGCUAUAUAUAUAUUUAUACGGAUUAAAGGAAUCUGUAUGACAACUCCGAGGCGAUUUCUUCAUAAGUAGCGAAGACGCAACAUGGUGUCAGAGUCCUCAGCGGACCCACUCGAAAAAAAAGAGAAAAACAGAAAGAAGGAAGAAAAUGGAAGCCUACGGUGUACCAGCCCCGAGAAUGGACUGGGACUCGUCCAACCUACCCGACGCCUGGCGCCGCUUCAAACAGCAUGUGGAGCUAAUGUUUUCUGGACCACUCAAAGACAAGUCAGCGGAACAAAAGUGCAGCUUCCUACUUUUGUGGAUCGGAGACAAAGGACGAGAUAUAAGUAAUACGUGGAACCUAACUGAAGAUGAAGCUAAGAUGCUACAAACGUAUUACGACGGCUUCACAACAUACCUCACGCCGAAAGCUAACCCUAUAUUCGCCAGAUACAAAUUCCACGAAAAAACACAAGACAGCGGUGAGUCCUUUGAGCACUUCGUCACACAGCUAAAACUCCUUGUUAAAGACUGUGAUUAUGAUAAGAGUGAAGAAAUGGUCAGAGACAGAAUAGUUUUUGGAACCAACUCUCCUCACGUCAGAGAGAAGCUACUUAGCCAAGGGCAUUAGAGAAAGCUAUAGACAUAGCUCGUUCCUAUGAGCUAGCACAGUCACAGCUAAAAGCUAUGACUAACGACAACCACGAAGUACAUGCCAUACGUCGCAAAGGCGCAAGACCACAAAACUUAAGGCAAACCAGCAAAGCAAGUGAAAGUUCCAUACACCAAAAUAAAGCCUGCAUGGCAUGUGGGAGAAAUCACGGCAAACGAACUGACUGCCCAGCCAAAGGAAAGCAGUGUCUGAAAUGCAAAAAAUUCAACCACUUUGCAAAAGUAUGCAGAUCCAAGAGCAACGUGGAAAGAAAAACAGGUCACAGAGAGGUGCACACUGUACAAGAGGCUAAUGAUUCAGAGCCAGAGCUGUUCAUAGACACCAUAGCUGCAGAGGAUAAUGGAGACAGCCCGUUUGCAGCCAUACUACUGGGGCCAAAGAAGAUAAAACUCACCUUCAAGUUGGACACCGGAGCACAGACGAACAUCAUACCAGCCAACACGUUCCAAAUGCUACAAACUCCACUCAGGGAGGACAAGGACAAACUGUUUGGCUAUGGGGGGCACCCACUCAAAGUCAACGGACACUGUGAGUUAAUUAGCCGAUACAAAGACCGAAAAUCAGAACAGACAUUUCAUGUUGUUGACUGCAACGGCCCACCAAUAUUAGGCUUCAGAGCAUGCAAAGCCCUCGGACUCAUUAAGGUUGUGUACGCAGUGACCGAGAGCACGGAAGCAGGGCAACCCACCAAAGCACUAGACAUCAUGAGUGAAUAUUCCGACGUUUUCAAAGGCAUCGGGGAAUUCCAAGGUGAGUGUAGUUUCACCGUGGACCCGACUGUCGCACCAGUUGUGUGCCCACCAAGAAGAGUGCCUUUUGCCCUCAGAGAUCGGGUCAAAUCAGAGCUGGACAAUAUGGAAAGAGACAAAAUUAUCCAAAAGGUCACAGAGCCCACCAAAUGGGUCAAUGCUCUCGUAAUCUGCGAGAACCUGAAAAGACCCAAACUCCGGCUGUGCCUAGACCCAAGACCUCUAAACAAAGCCAUAACGAGACCACGCUAUCCACUCCCCACUCUUGAGGAUGUGACACACAAGCUUACAGAUACCGCUUCCUCAGGCUCCCUUUUGGCAUCGUGUCUGCUCAAGAUGAGUGCCAGAGGAUUGACGAGACCAGGGGCGAUUCUAGGAUCAGAGCUUUGGGGGUGCUGAGCACCCAGAGAGCUGCCCAUCCAGGCAAGGUAAACUUUAGUCGUCACGAUGAGACUUCUUCCCCGUCUCU